AUGAAGACCACCACCUUCGCCGUCGCCCUCCUGGGCCUCUUCCCCGCCGUCAUGGCCGCUGAGUCUCUGGCUCCCUCCCCUACCGAGUCCGUCGGUUGCGAGCCUCAUGGCGACCACUGGCACUGCGAGGCCGCCCGCACCACUCUCGCUACCGCUAAGGCUCCCGCUACCACCGACGAGGAGGAUCACGAUGAUCAUGACCACGAGGCCGGUGAGAGCGAGGCCCUUGCUCCCUCUCCCACCGAGUCCGUCGGCUGUGAGCCCCACGGUGACCACUGGCACUGCGAGGCUGCUCGCACCUCCGUCGCCGAGGUCGACGCCAAGACCACUACUUUCGACCAUGCCGCCGGUGCUACCGAGUCUCGCGCUCCCUCUCCCACCGAGUCUGUCGGUUGUGAGCCCCAUGGUGACCACUGGCACUGCGAGGCUGCUCGCACCUCUGGUGGUGCUGCCGCCGACGCUGUGACUUCCGAGUCCAUCGCCCCCUCUCCUACCGAGUCCGUUGGCUGUGAGCCCCACGGUGACCACUGGCACUGCGAGGGUCCCCGUACUGGUACUGACGUCGCCGCUGCUACCACCGAGGAGCACGACCACUCCGCUGGAGCCACCGAGUCUCUGGCCCCCUCUCCCACCGAGUCCGUCGGCUGCGAGCCCCAUGGCGACCACUGGCACUGCGAGGGUCCCGCCACCGGUGCUGCCUCUGGCACUCCCACCUCUUCCCCCGAGGUCACCGUCACCAACGCCGCCGGCAUUCAGAUGGUCCCCGUCGUCGGCCUCUUCGCCGCGGCUGCUCUGGCCCUGUAA